AUAGAAUCCAGAUUUUAAUUGUUCUUCCCAGUUUUUUGGUCAAAGAGAGAGGGAGAGAAAAAGAGAUCUAGAAGAAGAGGAAAAAAAUGGCAUUGCAAUGGCUGAUUCUGUCGUAUGUGGUUGCUGCCGAGGUCGCCAUCGUCAUUAUUUUGACCCUCCCUUACCCUAUGCUCCUGAAGAAACGCAUCGUCUCACUUAUCUCGCUCAUACUCCAGCCUGCCGCUUCCAUCGUCGCCUUCGCCGGAUUUCAACUCCUCGAUCUCUACUGGAAGAAUGAGCAUAGGCUAAUGUGCUCAUCUGAGGUUUGCACUGCUACAGAGCGAGAUCGCUACGAGAAAUCCAUCUACAAGGCUCAGCGGAAUGUGGUUAUGUGUGCGGCUGGGAUCCUUCUCUACUGGUGUAUUUUCCGCAUCUGCAAGUACAACAAAGACCUUGAGCGUUUGGAGGAAUUAGAGAAGAGAUACAAGGCAGAGUAGUAGUCUCCCCAGGUCUUCAUAGUCUGGUUUCUUCUAUUAUAUAAUAUUACAUCGGCUUGUGAGUUUUUUAAAAACCGAACGAAACCACGAUUUAUCACGAUAGAUCAAUCUUUGCACAGACCUUAUUUGUGUUUAUUUAUCUUGCAACUUUGAUUUACUUUUUGUGGAGCAACAGGCUUUAUUUUAUUUCAUGUCCAGAAUUUACGUUUACAGUCUUAAUAGAUUACAGUUGUUACAA